CGUGGCGUUGGCUUCGAUGUAAACAAAAACAGUCGCUGUUGAGGUCGUGGUUCCGGUGCCUCUUGGAAACGCAAUUACUCGCUUUAGAAAGUCCCAGAAGAGAGAAUAGUGGAAAGCUCUGCACUGAAUCUUCAAGUGCCUCUCACUCCCUGAAGACGGCACAAUGGCAGCUACUCCAACCCCUGGCAACCUCCUUGAUGAAUUUGAGGAAGCCUUUCAGAACUGUAUGGCUCCUCUUACUAAAGAAGAUAACUUUAAUGCUGUAAAUCAAGAAGAAUUACGGACAAAUGCAGAAGUGAAUGGCUUGCGAUUCCUAGACUUGGCGAGACAAAUGGAGGCUUUUUUCUUACAAAAGCGAUACUUGUUGUCAGUACAGAAACCAGAGCUUAUUCUGCUGGAGGAUAUUAUUGAAAUGCGCAACGAACUAGCCCGAAAGGAGGAGCUCCUCAAGAAGCAUGGCGAUAAGUUAAAUGAAUGGCAGGGAUUGCUGUCGUCUAUGCAAUCACGCCUUGGCACCUCACCCUCCAUAGGGCCAAGACCACCCGGUCCCUCAGGGCCCACCAUGCACCCAGGGAUGAUGGGGGCUCCCAGUGGGUCACAUAAUUCUGUUCCUAUGCCUGGUCUCAGCCCUGUAGGAAGCAGUAUGGGGCCCUCCACCAUGGGAUCCUCCACAAUGGGGCCGAGUGGUCCUUCUAUGCCUCACAAUAUGAACCCAGGGAUGGGCAUGCCACAGUCUUCCAUGAUGCAAAUGGGUGGUGGAGGAGGGAGCAUGGGCCCGGGUCCUGGCAUGGGGGGCAUAGGUGGCAUGAAUCAGGGAGGCUACCAAGGGGGUCCUGGCGGGGCUGUCUACCCUGGCAACAUGGGGCAGCCGCCACAGGGAGGACCCCCGGGUGGCCUUCAGGGACCUCUAGCUUACCUUGAGAAAACCACAACUAAUAUAGGAAUGCCAGAGCCCAGACGCUAACUAACGUUUAACCUUAAGUCUCUGUGAUAUUGCUUCACACUGGGGACUGAAUGACUAGAUAACCAGGCUUUAAUGUAUUACUAAUCUGUAAAUUAAUAAAAGGACCAAGAAAACUUAA